CAGCGCUCACUCAUUGCUGUGAGAGUCUAGGGGAGCGACCCGAGAGCCGCAGUGAUGCCAGUAACCCUCUAGGAUGCUCUACACACCGAUGCUUUUACUGCCGUCUGUUUCAGCCACAGGCCUUUGAGCAGAUCCGGAUAAAUCCGGGAAGAAGGUGUUCUUCCCAGCACGGGAUAACGGGAGCGCGCGACCUUGCGCUGAAUGUCAUCAGAAAGAGGUUUUAAUCUCGCUACGACCAUCCAGAUUUGAGUCUCAGCGAUGGAUAUUUUAAAGCAUAUAAUCAACGACACUGUGGAAUUCUACAAAUGGAGUCUCACUAUUGCAGACAAGCGUGUGCAGAAAUGGCCCUUGAUGGACUCGCCGCUGCCCACGCUGGCCAUCAGCUCCUCCUACCUGCUCUUCCUCUGGCUGGGACCCAAGUACAUGCAGGGCAGAGAAGCCUUCCAGCUGAGGAAGACCCUCAUCGUCUACAACUUCAGCAUGGUCAUCCUUAACUUCUUCAUUUUCAAAGAGCUCUUCCUUGCAGCGCGGGCGGCCAACUACAGCUACAUCUGCCAGCCCGUCGACUACUCGGAUGAUCCCAAUGAAGUGAGGGUGGCAGCAGCCUUGUGGUGGUACUUUAUUUCCAAAGGUGUGGAGUACCUCGACACUGUGUUUUUCAUCUUACGGAAGAAGUUCAACCAAAUCAGCUUCUUGCAUGUCUAUCACCACUGCACCAUGUUCACUCUGUGGUGGAUUGGCAUCAAAUGGGUCGCCGGUGGACAGUCAUUCUUCGGGGCUCAUAUGAACGCAGCCAUCCAUGUCUUGAUGUACUUGUAUUAUGGGCUGGCCGCAUUUGGUCCAAAAAUACAGAAAUAUCUGUGGUGGAAAAAAUAUCUGACGAUCAUCCAAAUGAUCCAGUUUCACGUCACCAUUGGCCACACGGCCUUGUCGCUGUACUCUGACUGCCCGUUCCCGAAGUGGAUGCACUGGUGUCUGAUUGGAUACGCCCUCACCUUCAUCAUCCUCUUUGGCAAUUUCUAUUACCAGACGUACCGUCGGCAGCCCCGCCGCGAGACCGCGUCCAAACCCGGCAAAGCCCUUCACAACGGAGCCUCUAAUGGAGCCCUGACGUCUAGUAAUGGAAACGCUGCCAAGAUGGACGAGAAGCCGGCGGAGAGCGGGAGGAGAAAGCGGAAGGGCAGAGCAAAGCGCGAGUAAAACGGAGGAGAGGGAAGCUGACGCGAGAGGCCGCUCUGAAAGAUUGUUCAGCAAAUUGUUACGACCAAACAGUAUGGCCACUCUGGAGAAAUACAAGCCUAUAUGUAGAGAGACUGAACAACAUGACAUCUUUCCACAUCGCCCCUCUUAAGUUUAGUACAUUAUUCUAUGUAUCUGCCUUUUUUACAUCACUGUUCUAAUGCCAGAAAAGACCCGUGUUUCAUCAGUGUACGACGAAAGACUCUGAUAUCAGAGGGGUUUUUCAUCAUUUGUUAUAGUGGGGUCCAAAAGUUCUUCUGUUUUGCAACAUAAAACUAUUAUCAGAAUGAUCAUGAGAUGAACUGAUCUAGAUCCUGAUGUUCUCCAGCAUGAUUUGCAUCUUGUGGAAGAAGAAAAUCGCUCGAGAAAAGUCGCUUAUUUGAAUAGUCAAAAAGGAAUUGUGCAUAUUUCGUCUUCAUUUUACAGACUUUUGGACCCCCACUUUAUAUCAUUUAUUUGUGAAACAUAUUCAUGUGUUUGUUUAUUUCAAACUUUUGUAAGUUGCGUGUUGUUUAUCUUUUGGCAGGAUGUAUUGCCUACAGUAAUGUACUUUAAAACAUAGAUCAUGUUGCCCUGCAUAUUUCAGCUUCGAUCAAAAUUAGGGAUGCAACUUUACCAAGACCAUAUACUGAUAAUAUACAGUAGUGGGCAAAGGUGAUGUCCGGCCUUGGGAAAUUGACAUCUUCACCCUUUAUUAAAAUAUUGUUAAAAUACUGUUCAAGAUGAUAAUUUUAUAUAGUUGUGCUCUAAAUCAAUUGUUUUGUUUGUGAUAACGCAAUGAAACAUGCCAAAUUGUGCGGAUAGUUUUUUUGGCCAGCCAGGCUGUCAUACAAAUAAAUUAUGAACAUGCAAAAACCAACAGAAUAUUAAUAACUGAUUAUAUUGUAGUCAAUGUAUGAUUUUUCCUGUGAAAUUUUUUUUGUGUAUUGUAAAAUAGCAACUGUAGCUGUUUUUUGCCAAAUCAUUUUGUUUGAUAAAUACCUUAACAAAGUUUAGUGUUUUGUUCUUCCUUCAUAUUUAAUUUUAUUUAAAAUAUAUGAAAUAUUUUCCUCAUAUUUUGAUGGUUUAAUUGAACCUGAAGGAUCUCUAAAAACAAAUAUCCCCUCCGGACAUCAUUUUUAGCCACUACUGUAUCCUAUAUAUAUUCUGUUGUCUAUUGUCUUAAAAACUGUGUUCACAAUCAGAUCUCUCAUCUAGAAGUGAAAUCAGACAUUGUAACAUCUAACAUGAAUGAUAGGAAAGAUACAUUCACAGUUUAGUGCGUUUGUUGCCUGGCGUAAAAAAAAUCAACUGACUGAAAAGGAUAAAAUAUCGCCUUCUGUUAUCAGCCAAUUCAGAACAAUACUGAUAAAAAAAAAAACAUGAUAAUGGCUCAGACGGAUAUCAUGCAUCCUUAUUUAAGGAUACAUCAUCCUCAACAUCACAUACAUUAAAAAUGGGAUUGGGAAAUAUGUUUGUAGCUGCAAUAUUGCAUUGUGCGUUAAUAAAGUCUUGAGCUCCCUGUCAUAGUUUUUUUUUUUUAAUAGUUCCAAAAUUCCUAAAAUAUAUCAUGUGUUUUGUCUUGAAUUUUUUAUAAUGUUGUAAAUUCGGUGCAAUUUUGUACAUUGUGCUUUUGAAAACGAAAUGAUCAUCAUCUACUCGUUUUCUUUUUUUUUUUUCAAAUGACAGAUAUACAUUGCUGUAUAAAAUAAUAAAAUAAAUGGAAAUGCAUA